CAAUAACAAUCAGUCUCGGACCAAGGUUGAGAAAAAGUUCGCUCCUUCCUCCACACUUUUCUCUUUUUUGUGCUCCUUACCCCACUUCCUGCCAUUACAGCAGCACGCACCUCCAUACACUAAAAAAGAGCACUUUCUCAUCUCUCUCUCGCACUCCUCAUCCCUCUUUUGCCAACACCUUCGCCAUCACUCCAUCACUUCCCCGCUUCCUGAGCACCCACUUUCUACACGCUCACGCAAUUCUCUCCUUGAAACAGGAACAGGCCUUUUGAAUUAUUAUUCUAAAACCUAGUCGUUCCACUUCCCCCUCCGGUUCAUAUUCCGCCCGACAAUCACUCUACACAGCAGCAGAAUACAUUGGAACCCCAGCGAUGGCAUCAACGGACCUCAGGAUCAUCAUCGUGGGCUCCGGUAUCGCUGGACUCUCUGCUGCCAUUGCCCUCGAACUCGCCGGCCUCGACUACACCAUUCUUGCGCAGGAAGUUGACACCGGCCUUGCAAGUGACACUCCAGAUGCGCAGACAACCAAUGUCCCAAUUGGAGGUGCUGUUCAAGUUGGGCCAACAGCCCUCCACUUCCUGCACCAGCUGGGUAUCUAUGAAGAAAUCCAAAAGAUAUCGAAACCCGUGAGCGGAUUCUCCAUGAACGAACAUGAUAUGAACUAUGUCGGUCGCAUCGACAUGUCUACCCACCGUGAGAGGUAUGGCUACCAUACGGAAAUAAUGUCAAGGUCACAACUCCAUGCACUGUUACUGCAGCGCAUCCCUCCAAAGCGGAUCCUCGCUAGGAAAGUUCUCGGCAUGAUGCAGGACCAGGACAAGGUCACGGUCCGAUGCUCGGACGGUACAACGUUUGAAGGCGAUGUCCUUAUCGCAGCCGAUGGCGCGUUCAGCAACAUCAGGCACACGCUUUACUGGACCCUGGACGAGAAAAAGCAACUGCACAAGGCCGAUGCUGCGCCCAUGUCCGUCGAUAUGCAUAUCAUCUCGGGCUGCACCAAACAGCUGGAUCCUAACAAAUACCCAAUUCUGCUGGAUGCCAUGAGCGAGAUCCAGUCUGUGCAGUUGCCUGACAAGCCCUAUGCGAUCUGGUUUGUGCCUCUCAUCGACAACAGGAUCGCAUGGGAUGUCACUCGGGAGGUGGACAAGACAGCGAUACGCCAAGGCGAAGCAUCCAAAGUGUAUCAAUGGAGACCAGAAGAUGUAGAGGCCGUGCUGAAGACAGUCAAGGAUUUUGAAUGUCCGUAUGGAGGACAGAUCGGCGAUCUGAUCGAGACCACCGCGCCAGAAAGCAUGUAUUUCUACAUGUCGGAGGAACGUUUUUGCGAGACAUGGUACGGUGGCCGGACUGUUCUCAUAGGCGAUGCAUGUCACAAAGGGUUCCAUCAGCCGGUUAGCGAGGCCAUUGUUGACGCUGUUACGCUGGUCAACUUUUUGUCGAACAUGGCAUCAGACUCUCUGGAAAGCUUGACGGCGGUGUUCAAGGAGUAUAAAGAAAGACGAGCGCCUACAACCAAGGCUGCUGUGGAGCAGUCCGCACACCUGCGCCAGGUGUUCACAGGCAAGGGUCGUGCGGCAUCGCUGAAGCGGAAUGUAGUAUUUAACUAUAUGCCAGAAAAGGUUCGCAAUUUACUGGAUGACAAGAGGAAUGAAGACCGACCCCAGCUGUGGUUUUUACCACAGGUCAAGGAUCGAGGAAUCGUCGCAUCUCUUCCAAAUCUGCCAGUGUCCUCCACGAACUCUGCGACCCCUGGGACCGAAAACACCGCGGAGGGCCAUGUUAAGGUAUCAUUGGAAGCAGCCAUUAAUGCUACAUCGUCGGCUUCAGUAUCAACAACAUCUUCUCCGCGGACAUCGCGAACAUCCUGGUCCUCGUUCGCGAGACCUGCCUUCUCCAUGCCGUCAGCACCAAAUGUUCCUCUUUUCACGGCGGCCACCUCGCCACCCAGACAGAGCCCCUCAAAGCGGUCUUCUGUAAUAAGCCCGCGGAGUUCCUUAAUUCCGAAGGGAGAAAGAGUUUCUACGCGCAAGGGAAGCGAUGCGUCCUCUGGAAGUAGCACGACUCUGGCGGCGACGACCAUCUCCAAUACAGCAGCGGUUACGGCCGUUGAUGCUGGGGAAGUAGAUACCGUGGCUACCGAUACCCCGGUCAAGGAGAAGAAUUCAGUCCCCACAGCGAGCUCCUCUAAGGAGAAGGAGAAAGGGGAGGAGGGGGAGGAAUCGUCGGAUGAAGAAGAGUUUGUCAUUUGCAAUUCGACGCUGGACGACGACAAAGAGACGCUCUCUGACAAAGGGGCGACAACACCAGCAGCGAUCGCGAUUUGAAUCGCGUACCCGAGCCAUCUGUGCGACCACAAUAAAAUAAACUGGUAUUGCUUCAUUGGUGCAUAAGACCAUGGGACAUGGGUGUGCUCCCUUUCGACCUG